CAAUCGUCCAGUAGACGCACGACACUCGGCCCGAUAUCACGCCGGUUUUAUUUCACAUGACCACUCACUCGCACAUGAAAAUUACUUAUGAAUUACUUAUGAAUAUUUUGGAGAAAAAGAAAUAAUUUCAUGAAGUGAUGAACAUUUUUAUUUACUCUAGAAGUGAAUAAGGGAAUCAAAUAACUGGAUGAAGUGCAACUCGGAAAGGGUUGUUUUCUCAUUUUGAAAUUUUUUCGUCUGUUUUGUGUUUCAGCGAGAGUGUUUUUAAUGCACAUUGCGCUUUUGUGACUUCCAUUUUAAUUGUACCAACUGGUGCAGUGAUUACGGGAGUUGAAUACAUUCCGUGUAUUUGAUAUUGCAACGCGGGUGAUUCAAAGUGGCCACCGGCUGUUAUUUAUUUCACGUACAGUAGUGACUGAGUGUUUGAAGGAUUUCGCCUGGAUUUUUACACAGAGCAACGGUGUACGUGUUUGGACUUGAAAAUUGGGGUUCACGGACAGGGCAAGUGGUGGAGGAAAAUACUGAAUACGUUGUACAAGUGAAUUAUUGUUUGUUGAUUAGUCAAAGAUGGUGGGCUGAGCGGUAACUACGGGUGACGAACACGCGGACAUACGAAGAAGACGAGAGAUCGAGCAAAAGAACAGCCAUCGCAUGUAGCAUUCGGGUACAGAUAUGAUGAAGCCAUCCAUAAAGAUGGGGGUAGUUGCUUUGAUAGGUGUAUGCGUGGUAUUGUAUCAGUAUCACCUAUCGAACUUCGUGAGAUUCAGUCAAUUGAGGGAUUUUAACAGCCCGGAUCCUGCAUCACCCGAUGGCGCUGCCAAUAUUCCCGGCUCCGAGAUGUACGACUACAACGGACUCCGCAGGAUUUCGGAGGAAAUGAUAAGAGCUGCUGUGCGAACAGUGCAAAAUUCAAAUGGUCUGAGUCCCGAGUUGACUAAUCAUCUGGUCCAGGAGCUGUCGGCACAAUUAAAUAAGCAAAAUGCAACUAAAUCUGAGAAACCGUCUCCAUUGCCAGCCAAGAAAAAGAGCACACUGGAUCCCCUGUACAUUAUCACACCAACUUAUAAGCGGUCAGAACAAAUUGCUGAGCUGACGAGAAUGUCUCACACACUCAUGUUGGUCGAAAAUGUCCAUUGGCUGGUCAUUGAGGAUGCCAAAGUCCCUACUGAACAAGUCACUAAAUUGCUCAAGAGAACUGGGAUCAAAUUUGAGCAUUUAGUAGCUCCAAUGCCAAAUAAAUUCAAGAGCACGAAGGGAGCAAAACCGAGAGGCGUUUCUAAUCGCAAUCAUGGUCUCCGGUGGAUCCGGGCUAAUGCCACUUCAGGAGUAUUCUACUUCGCUGAUGAUGACAAUACUUAUGAUAUUGAUCUUUUUAAUGAGAUAAGACGAACGCAGAAAGUGUCUAUGUUUCCGGUCGGUUUGUGCACAAAAUUCGGCUUGAGCACACCAAUCGUCAAGGAUGGAAAAUUCGCGGGUUUUUACGACGGUUGGGUAGCAGGAAGACAAUUUCCUGUUGACAUGGCAGGCUUUGCUGUUAGUGUCAAAUUUCUACUGCAACGGCCGAAGGCCAUAAUGCCAUAUCGUGCUGGUUACGAGGAAGAUGGUUUUUUAAGGAGUCUAGCGCCAUUUAAUGCCGCUGAAGUGGAACUUUUAGCUGAUAAUUGCACGAGAGUACUAGCUUGGCAUACGCAAACCAAGAAAAAUGAGCCAAGCGCACCAUUGAACAUGAAAUUGUACAAUGCCACUAAUUUAGUUGAUCUCAAGCAGCAAAUAAUAUGAUGCAGAUGUGAAAAGAUCAUCUUUGAUAUUGGACUGCCGAUCAUAUUUCAAAUGAAAAUGAUCACCGGGUAGAUUUUUUUUGUUCCGAAUUUCAACGGAAUGUAAUAAACAAUGUGAUCCAGUGCCUAUGAAUGAUUAACUUCCUACUGUCAGGUAAUUACGCGAGGCGAGGCUGAAUGAUUAAGAACGGACUGGUUUCUUUAAGAAAUGCGAACGUUUGAUUAGCUCAUAAGUUGAACAGAGCGAAAGCAUUAAUUUUUAAAUUAACUUAUGAAGAAAAUUCCAAUCGGUGAUAAUUAAUUCUUGAAUUGAGAGAUUUAGUUUUUUAACAAAAAAAAAAGGAAAAAAGAAGAAUAAAUUGAGAUAAAUUUUUCAAGCGCUUCCGAGUUAUUUCAAUCCAUAAACUGUAAAAUGAUAUUCAAAAUACUCGGUGUGUUAAAGGAGAGCGUUAGGCAAUGAUAAUUAUGAAAAAAUGCGUUAUAUUAAAUAUGCUACGAAGGCAUUAACCAAAUACUUGCAUUAAAUGUCACUCGUAGUGAUGACACAGUGACUCCCCCCCCCUGCACAACGACAACCUUGUUCAAAUUGAAAAUUAAAUUUAUUACCCAGUAUUUAAACGAAUUAUAUUGAGAGGCGGAAAAAGUUUUUGAAUUAUGACGUAAUAAUGACACUUUGAGCGUGAAAAACUGGGUAAAGAAACCCUGUCCGCUUACACAGAUGUAUGUGUAAAUCGGUUACACGUAUACAUUGUCAACUUAUUUAUUAUAAUUUUUACAUUGAGAUGAAAAUGUCAAAGAAGAUAAUGCUUGUAUAAUUGUCAAGUUAUAUUAUCGAUAAUUUCACCUUACUGUAGCGACGAGAAUAAACGGAGGAUAAAAAAUGAACCAGGAGAGAUGUAUUAUAUUUGUAUAAUACGAAAUGAAAUGACGAACUGUAGGGCUACUUAUUUAUACGGCAUACUCAAUAAUAGAGAAUAAAAAUCCAGAAAAGGAUUACUACACUUAAGACUUCUUCUUUGUAAAAUGUAAAAUAUUGAAAUAUAAGAUCUCGCUUAGUUGUAAUGAACAA